AUGGUUCCGUCCACAUCGAACGAGUGGGAAAAAGCAGAAAGAGAUAUAAUCCAAGAACAGCAGCAGCAAGAGAAAAUUGUCAAUGAAGAGUUUAAGAUAUGGAAGAAAACUGUACCGUUACUAUAUGACUUGAUCUAUACCUUUGCCUUAGACUUUCCUUCCACUGUUGUCCAAUGGGUGCCGGAGUAUAAACGUGUCAAUAAGGAGAGUUUUGAAGCCCAAUUUUUAUUAGCUAGUAACUCGGUGAAUAAGGCAGAUAAUUAUUUAAAAUUGGGGUCGGUGACAUUACCUUCAACUCUAGUUGAAAAAAACGAAUUGGCUAUACCCGAUGAUAAUAUCGACACGUCCAAUUUCAAAUUGUUGGCAAAAUGGAAACAAGGCACCGAAGUAAACAAGUUGAAGAUAUCAAGGAACGGUCAGAUUGCAUUAUCCUUAAACAGCGAUGGAGUGAUACAUGGCUUCAAUUUGGAGAAUAAUGACGUGACGGACUAUAAAUAUCAUAAACAAGGCGGGUAUGGUUUGGAAUGGAUAGAUAACGAUCGGUUUUUGUCCGGGUCCAACGAUUCACAAAUCGCAUUGUGGCAGUUGAAUAAACCUUCAACGCCAAUACAAUUGUUCAAAAGUCAUCACGGUGCAAUCAAUGAUAUUUCUUCUAAUGACGAAAAUAUCUUUGGAUCGGUUAGCGAUGACUCUACAACCCAGUUUCACGAUAUUAGAAUAGCUGGCUCAUCUUCGGAAACUACUGCUUCAAAUCCUUACAUCAAGGUUGAAAAUAAACAUAUCCAAAACUGUAUUCAAUUCCAUCCAUAUGUGAAAACACUUUAUGCUACAGCAGGCAAGGAUAAUAUUGUUUCUUUGUUCGAUUUGAGAAAUUAUAAAGAACCUAUACGCAAACUUUAUGGACACAAUGGUCCAAUCAGGCAAUUAGAAUGGGACUGGUCAACACCAUCGACUCUUGUCUCUUGUGGGUAUGAUACUAAAAUCAAUUUUUGGAAUUUAGAUAAUCUAGAUGAGGAUUUCAUCUACCCGGAUUCUAAUGGCACUGCGAGCGAAACGUUGAAGAGGAAAAAUCACCAAGCGAAUAAGAUAGACCCUUGUUUGAAAUAUAUACAUGGUGGACAUGUUAAUAGAGUUAACGAUUUUGCAAUCCAUCCGAAAAUCAAGAAUUUGUUUGCAAGUGUUGGUGAUGACAAAUUAUUGGAAAUUUGGAAACCAAAGACAUUGCAUGUGGAGGAGGAGGAGGAAGAAGCAGAGGAGGAGGAAGAGGAGGAGGAGGAAGAAGAAGAAGCAGAAGCGGAAGCAGAAGCAGAAACAGAAGAGCAAGUGGAUGUAAAUGCAAAAGCAGAAACAGAAAAACAAGCGGAUGUAAAUGCAGAGGCAGAAAAACAAGUGGAUAUGAAAACGGAAGCAGAGAAUAAUGAAGUUGAAAAAGAUGAACAGAAGGAAAGCAAAGAGGACGACAAAAAUACUGUCAAAAAAGAGGAGGAGACUGAUGACAACAACAACAACAACAACAACAAAGCAGGGCUUAAAGAAGUUGCUGAUGAUCUGAUAAAGGAAGACGUCGAGAUGGAGAAAGCUUCUGCUGCAAAUGGUAAUACCGAAGAGGAAAACAAUCCAUCAAAGGAUGGUUCAGAGGAUAUUGAAAUGAAGGAAUGA